AUGCCACGCUUGUCCCGCGCACAGAGGGUCAUCCGGGUCCCGACCAGAGAGCCGCCCCGGUCCCGGCAAGAUCUCAAUUCACCCGGAGAAUCAGUCUUUCAUCUGGGCUGGACCUAUCACUCCGAGCUGGGAAACAGGAUCCAGAGUCCUGUCCCGAACCCACCCACCUCUGCCCGCGCUCGGCCCCCUCUCAAUGGGCUCUUUCAGUAUUGUUGCCGCGGCCUCGGCUCAGGUCAAUGGCAGCCCGGAGACUUCGAGUGGGAACAAAUGGUUUGUUUGGUUGAGCGCCGUGAAGCAGCUUUGGACGGUCCGGCGGGCGAAAGGUAA